AUGCCCAUGGCACAUUCAACCUCCUCCCCUGCCACCUCCCUCCUCAUCUCCAUCCCCUCAACAGCACACACCCACCUCAUCAUAGGCAGCAACCCCCUCGCCGCCUCCCGGUGCGCGCAAUCCCUCGCCGCGGGCGCGUGUCCCCUGCUGAUCGCCCCCGGGUCCAGCGAGCUGCACUACGCGCUGCAGAAGCGGGUGGAUAGCGGCGAGGUGAAGUGGCUGCGGAAGGACUUUGAGGAUGGGGAUGUCUUGCGCUUGGGCAGGGAGGAGGUGGGCGGCGUGGUGGAUGCCGUGUUUGUUACGCUCGGGGCGAGGGACGGGAUGAGUGCGCACAUCUCCCAACUCUGCAGAAGGCACCGCGUCCCCGUCAACGUUGCCGAUGCCCCCCAGCUCUGUACCUUCUCCCUCCUCAGCACGUACACCUCGGGCCCCCUCCAGAUCGGCGUCACGACCAACGGCCGCGGGUGCAAGCUCUCUUCACGAAUUCGUCGCGAGAUUGCGUCUUCCCUGCCUCCGAAUCUCGGUCCAGCUUGCGCCCGCCUGGGCACGAUCCGGAAACGCAUACAAGAGGAAGACUUCCUUUCCCACUCGCUGCCGUCGCCUGAAGAGGAAGAGAGCACAGACCAGACGGCAGCCUUCAACAAGCUGGUCACGGAGGCGGAUCUGGAUGCGCAGAAGAGCCGGCGCAUGAGGUGGCUCUCUCAGAUCUGCGAGUACUGGUCGCUGAGCCGGCUGGCGAACAUCUCGGACGAGGAUGUCGAUUUGGUGUUGCAGGCUUAUGCAGCCGAUCCUUCCACUUCGGCGCCUCUCGAGCCGACGCAUCUGGACCGUGUGCAGAAGAAGGGGAGGAUCAUACUCGCUGGCAGUGGACCGGGACAUCCUGACCUCCUCACGCGCGCGACGCAUAAAGCCAUCCUGUCCGCGGACGUAAUACUCGCUGAUAAACUCGUCCCGUCUGGCGUGCUGGAUCUCAUCCCACGGCGAACACCCGUACACAUCGCGCGCAAGUUCCCAGGCAAUGCCGAGCGCGCGCAAGAAGAACUGCUCUCGCUCGGUCUCGCAGGCUUGCAAGCCGGAAAGAUAGUGUUGCGAUUGAAGCAAGGUGAUCCGUACGUUUACGGCCGCGGCGGCGAGGAGUUCGAGUACUUCCGGAAGGAAGGUUAUGGGGAUCGCAUUUCCGUGCUACCCGGGAUUACGAGUGCAUUGAGUGCGCCGCUGUUCUCGCACAUACCGGCGACGCAGAGGGCGGUGAGUGACCAAGUGUUGAUCUGCACGGGCACGGGACGGAAGGGGAAACCGAGUGUGCCGCCCGAGUUCGUGGAGACGAGGACGGUGGUCUUCCUAAUGGCGUUGCACCGCAUCGACGCGCUGGUUGCAGAUCUGACGUCGCACGACAGCCUUGAUGCGAAGCUGGUGCUCGAGGGUGGAAGCGUGGACGAGACGAGGCGGGUGUGGCCAAAGAGCACGCCGUGCGCGGUCAUCGAACGGGCGAGUUGUCCUGACCAGCGCGUCAUUCGGACGACGCUGGAGUUUGUAGGCGCCGCGAUUGAGGAGGAGGGGUCCAGGCCGCCGGGACUGUUGGUGCUGGGAAAUGCGUGUGAGGCGCUGAUCAAGGGGGAGAAGGGGCGGAAGUGGAGUGUCGAGGAGGGGUUCAAGGGGUUCGACGAGUUCACCGGGACGAGCCGUGGGCUCGACGAGUUGGUGAUUGACGACCAGAAAGUGGUGCAGGCGAGGCCGGAGGUCGUGAGGGGCGAUAGCCUGGGAAGAGAAUUGAAGGUUUGA